AUGUCGAUACAAAGUAAGGACUUGAAUGGGUUAUCUCUCAUUGCUGCCCAUUCUCAUAUUUCAGGAUUGGGUUUGGAUGAGAAUUUAAAACCAAAGGAAGCAGCCGAAGGUAUGGUUGGACAGAUUAAAGCCAGAAAAGCAGCAGGGGUUAUAUUGAAAAUGAUUCAAGCAGGUAAGAUUGCUGGACGUGCAGUGUUAAUUGCUGGUCCACCAUCUACUGGUAAGACUGCUAUUGCUAUGGGAUUAUCUCAAAGUUUAGGAUCGGAAGUUCCCUUUACUGCCAUAGCUGGUUCUGAAGUAUUUUCAUUAGAAUUAUCUAAAACUGAAUCAUUAAUUCAAGCUUUCCGUAAAUCAAUUGGAAUUAGAAUAAAAGAAGAAACUGAAAUAAUUGAAGGUGAAGUCGUUGAAAUUCAAAUUGAUAGAUCUAUAACUGGUGGUCAUAAACAAGGUAAAUUAACUAUAAAGACUACUGAUAUGGAAACUAUUUAUGAAUUAGGUAAUAAAAUGAUUGAAGGUUUAACCAAAGAAAAAGUUUUAGCUGGUGACGUUAUAUCAAUUGAUAAAGCAUCAGGUAAAAUAACAAAAUUAGGUAAAUCAUUUACUAGAGCUAGAGAUUAUGAUGCUAUGGGACCAGAAACUAAAUUUGUUCAAUGUCCAGAAGGUGAAUUACAAAAGAGAAAAGAAGUGGUUCAUACUGUUUCCUUACAUGAAAUUGAUGUUAUAAAUUCAAGACAACAAGGAUUUUUAGCAUUAUUUUCAGGUGAUACUGGAGAAAUUAGAUCAGAAGUUCGUGAUCAAAUCAAUACUAAAGUUGCUGAAUGGAAAGAAGAAGGUAAAGCUGAAAUUGUUCCAGGAGUUUUAUUUAUUGAUGAAGUUCAUAUGUUAGAUAUUGAAUGUUUUUCAUUUAUAAAUAGAGCUUUAGAAGAUGAUUUUGCUCCUAUUGUUAUAAUGGCAACUAAUAGAGGGAUUUCAAAAACUCGUGGUACUAAUUAUAAAUCACCUCAUGGUUUACCAGUUGAUUUAUUAGAUAGAUCAAUUAUCAUUCAUACAACCGGUUAUAAUGCAGAUGAAAUAAGAACCAUUCUUUCUACUAGAGCCAAUGAAGAAGAAGUUGAAUUAACUGGUGAUGCCUUGGCUCUUUUAACUAAGAUUGGACAAGAAACAAGUUUAAGAUAUGCUUCUAAUUUAAUUUCAGUUUCCCAACAAAUUGCUUUAAAAAGAAGAAGUAAUAAUGUUGAUCUUCCUGAUAUUAAGAGAGGUUAUAUGCUUUUCUUAGAUUCUGAUAGAUCAGUGCAAUAUCUUCAAGAAAAUUCUGAUCAAUUCAUUGAUAAUAAAGGUUAUGUAAGUUUAGGAUCUAAAAAAGUGGAUACAACUUCAGAACCUAAAAAGGAAGAACCUACAACCACUGAAACUGAAACCAAUGGAGCAUCGGUUGAUGGAGAUAAAAUGGAAACUGAUUAA